UUAUGAAUGGCUUGGAGGAUAUUUAUCAGAAUUUAAGCUCUCCUUAAAUUUUUUAUUUUCUUAAUUUCCUUUGUUGUUGGUUCUGUUGUUUUUCAUUUUGGUCCUUCUCCUUAAUUUUGGUGAUAUUUCUUAUAUAUUUGAUGAUCUUUGGUUAUCUGUUCAUAGUUACAAAAGACUAAUAUGGUUGGUUGUGGAGCUGAUAGUGGUUUCCUCUCAGCAAUUUGAGGUCUGUCUUCCCAAGAGCUUUUCCCUCAGUGGCGUUUCUAAUUGAGAAUUCUGUGUAAGUUUGAUUUUAAGAGCCAGCAGCAGAACAGGCUAAGGAUGUAUAAAUGUCAGGUUUUUAUUUAUUCUUGGGGCCAAAUUCUAUAAUUAUUUUUUGGGGGAAGGGAGGUGUUUCUGUGUCCUUUCUCCCUAUCCUUUGACUCCCACAUCUUCAUUUGUGGGAAUGUUUGGAGUAACCUUGGGCUCAGCCCUGGUUUCUUUUGUUCCUAGCACCCAUGCUGGAUACUCUUCCCAAGCAGAUGUGGAUACUAGGCUUGGGAGACAAAUUUUAUCUAGGAAGUAAGACUGUUAUGAAUGGCUUUCCUUUUCUGUGAGCGAUUCUUCAUUAUCUUGAUUUCCCUAUGCUUUAGUCCAGCUUCUUGAUUCUGAACUUGGUGUUUUCUUCCAGGGUCUGUUUAAGGGAUUGGUAAGGACAUCUCUUGCCUCCUUAUUGUCCUUUCCUAUGUUUGGGUUGAUGUUUCUUCUGCCAUGGUUUCUUUAACAAUUCAUCCUCAUGUAUAUCGUCUAGAAAUUCUUCUUUUUCUUUUUCUUUUGGCUUGUUAAUGGCAUUAUUUCUUGUUUCCCUGGUCUAUGAAUUUAUUCUUUUUAAAUUCAUUUCUCUGAUUGUAUUGUACUCCCUCUCAUGCAUCUAUUAAUAUUUUAUUAUGUUUAUAUGUAUGUUUCUGAACAACAGAGUGUUGUUUUGAAUGUGAGCUCUGUGUAGUGACAUACUGUGGGACUCCUGUAUUUUGUUCUUUUGUUUUUUUCAUUUAUCAUUGUUCUUUUGUACAUUCAUUCUCUUAAUCUAUCCUUUCUGCUGUUUCAGUGGAAUUUGGGUAAGUAGGUUAAGUCAACCCAUGUAUUUCUUACUAGGACUUUUUUAAAAGGGAGAUUUAAGCACCAUUUGGAUAUACUGCCUUUAAUAUGAAACAUGUUGGAAAAGGACUAGUUGUUACCUCUUGUUUCACCUGGUGAUGAUCGGCAAAUCUGACACCUAGCUUUGUUAUACAAGCUAGACAAUUGAGUCUUAUUCUUGCUGCUGACCUCUAUUCAGUGUUAUAAAUACCUUUGGAGAGGGGAAACAUCUUUUAAUUCUCUUUAGAGUUUAACCAAGUUUAAAUGAAGAUUUGGAUUUGAUUGCUGGAAGGGUUUUUUUUGAGAUCAUUUAGUACAAACUGUACUAAAGAAAUUCAGUCUGAGAGAAAAUGAGUGCCUUUUCUGAGGUGAUCCUGGGGAAACUCAGGGAUUAGAAGUCAUUGUUGCAAUUCAUUGUUCUUUCCACCUUACUACAAUGAUCUAGAGGUUAGAGCUCUCUCUGGUUAACCGUUGCACUUUGAUUUUGUCUAUCCUUUAAAAUACUUUUUUGAAUAUCAAGAGAUUUUUGUUGCUAAAGAAUAAACGUAAAUCUUUGCACUAAUGCUUAUUUGCCAUGUUUUUCUUAAGGUCAGAAUGGUUUCAAUCCCAGAAUACUAUGAAGGCAAGAAUGUCCUCCUCACUGGAGCUACGGGCUUCCUAGGGAAGGUGCUUCUGGAAAAGUUGCUGAGGUCUUGUCCUAAGGUGAAUUCAGUGUAUGUUUUGGUGAGGCAGAAAGCUGGACAAACCCCACAAGAGCGAGUGGAAGAAGUUAUUAGUGGCAAGCUCUUUGACAGAUUGAGAGAUGAAAAUCCAGAUUUUAGAGAGAAAAUUAUAGCAGUCAACAGUGAACUCACCCAACCUAAACUGGCUCUUAGUGAAGAAGAUAAAGAGGUCAUCGUAGAUUCUACCAAUAUUAUAUUCCACUGUGCAGCUACAGUAAGGUUUAAUGAAAAUUUAAGAGAUGCUGUUCAGUUAAAUGUGAUUGCUACACGACAGCUUAUUCUCCUUGCACAACAAAUGAGGAAUCUGGAAGUGUUCAUGCAUGUAUCAACAGCAUAUGCAUACUGCAAUCGAAAGCAAAUUGAUGAAGUAGUCUACCCACCCCCUGUGGAUCCCAAGAAGCUGAUUGAUUCUCUGGAGUGGAUGGAUGAUGGUCUGGUAAAUGAUAUCACUCCAAAAUUGAUAGGAGACAGACCUAAUACAUACAUAUACACGAAAGCAUUGGCAGAAUAUGUUGUACAACAAGAAGGAGCAAAGCUGAAUGUGGCGAUUGUAAGGCCAUCAAUUGUUGGUGCCAGUUGGAAAGAACCUUUUCCAGGAUGGAUUGAUAACUUUAAUGGACCAAGUGGUCUCUUUAUUGCGGCAGGGAAAGGAAUUCUUCGAACAAUGCGUGCCUCCAACAAUGCCCUUGCAGAUCUUGUUCCUGUAGAUGUAGUUGUCAACAUGAGUCUUGCGGCAGCCUGGUAUUCCGGAGUUAAUAGGUAUAUGAGACCAAGGAACAUCAUGGUGUAUAAUUGCACAACAGGCAGCACUAAUCCUUUCCAUUGGGGUGAAGUUGGAUAUUAUCUAAAUCAUUUCUUCAAGAUGAAUCCUUUAAACCAAGUAUUCAGGCGCCCCAAUAUUAAGUUGUAUUCCAACAACCUAUUGCUUCAUUAUUGGAAGGGUGUCAGACAUACAGUACCUGCAUUAUUGCUCGAUCUGGCACUCAGGUUGACAGGUCAGAAACCGUGGAUGAUGAAGACAAUAACUCGUCUUCACAAAGCUAUGGUGUUCCUUGAAUAUUUCACAAGUAAUUCUUGGGUUUGGAAUACUGAUAAUGUCAAUAUGUUAAUGAAUCAAUUAAACCCUGAAGAUAAAAAGACAUUCAAUAUCGAUGUACGGCAGUUACAUUGGGCAGAAUAUAUAGAGAACUACUGUAUGGGAACUAAGAAAUAUGUAUUGAAUGAAGAAAUGUCUGGCCUCCCUGCAGCUAGAAAACAUUUGAACAAGUUGAGGAACAUACGUUAUGGUUUUAAUACUAUCCUUGUGAUCCUGAUCUGGCGCAUUUUUAUUGCAAGAUCACAAAUGGCGAGAAAUAUUUGGUACUUUGUGGUUAGUCUGUGUUACAAAUUUCUGUCAUACUUCCGAGCAUCCAGCACAAUGAGAUACUGAAGACAAGAAUUUAGCAUUAGAACAUCUAUGCAUAUGGUGGUCUAAAUGCACAAAAUGUAAAAUGUACUUAAGUCAUCUCACUUUUUGUCAAGAUAUUAAACCAUCUUAGAUCCAACUGUGGAGUAAAUUAUGGUACAUUUUAUGUAAUAUUUUAAUGUUUACGCUCAGAAAAACCUAGCAAACACACUGUGGUAUGCCAGCUCAAAUCUGUAAUAGCCACCAAAACCAUGAAUUACCAUUUUGAUCCCUGGGGAAAGGGGUGGGGUGGAGGUACAAGUGGGUAAAUAGGAACAUUGACCAGUAUAACUGUGCAAUUCUGGAACAUAUUAAUUAAAAUAUGCCUUAACACAUAUAUUGGACUUCUAACUCUAAUAUUCAGUGCAAUGGAAAGCAUUUAUUUGGAUAGGAAUACUAGCUCAGUUGGUAGAUAAUUGAUUCUUCAGUGUUUGAUUUUUUCUAACAGUUGAAGUAGGUUUUACUUACAGCCAAAUGGUUUUCACAUCAUCUUGUAAGUUGUUCAGUGGUCUCAAACAUUAAGACUUGUUCUUGUUUUUCUUUUUCUGAUUAAAGUUAUGAUACAGGUCAUUUUUCUAUAAGCAGUCAAUUGCUUUCACAAUUAGGUUAUAUUAUUCUAAUGACUCUACUGGAUCUAAAUGGGUUUGAGAAUCCACAAAAACAUAUGCUAUGUGUUUUUUUGAAGGAAAGUGAAAACAAAUUGAAAAAAAUGGUUAGUAUUAAAAAGAGUAGAAAGAAAUUUUUCUUGUCCAUAUUAUGGUCAAAUAAAGAUCAAUCCUGUGAGGUUUUGUUUAUGUUUUCAAGCAGGAGAAUUUCUUGAGACUUUGGUUGGGAAGGUGAGGAGGGAUUCACCAUACCUUUGCCCUCCUUCCUUAUAAAUUUUAUUCAUAGAACUUUAAAAAGGCUUGACUGUCUUUUCAGCGAAAACUGAAAGUGCAUUAUUAGGGAAGAAUGUAUUUGCAGGUAGUAAUAACGUUAAGAGAAUGUUCUCACAUGUGUAUGAACACAUGCUAAUUUUUCAUCUUGAAAGCUGAAUUCCUUCAAGAAAAAUAAAAAUUCAUAAAACAAUGUGUAUGAAAUUAAAUAAAGGACUUUAUUUACAUACCACAUAAAGUAGCAACUGUUGAAUUUCUAAAGAUACCAUCUAUUUUUUUCUGCAUGUAGUUUUAUCUUUAGAAAGAAAUGCAUUAUGGAUAGAAGUAAUAGCAAGAAAAUUGAUGUAUAUUUUAAUGAUACAUUAUAAUUCCCUUUAAAUCUUAAUAGUUAAUUCUGUUUACUGUUUUAACAUACAUUUGGUUUAACAGAUUGUUCAGCAUAAUACUGUUCUAAUUAAGCUGAUCAAGUUGUCCUCUAUAUAAAUCAUUAGCAGUGUGUCUUGAAUAUAUUUGAAGAAGUCAUUUCACAAUACAAAAAGUUAAUUCUUUAUCAAUUUAAAUGCCAUAUUAAAGAAGUUUAUUUUGUUAUUGUUGUGAAAAAACUAAAUGUAAAGAAAAUCACCUUCUUCCAUGCAGGUGUGUAAUCUUAAAAGGAAAAACGCUUCCAUGUUGAAGCCAGAUUUUCUGUAGUAAAACUUUUAAGCAUUAUUUUAAAGGAAAUAUGUAUAUAAAUAAAUAAGUAAA